AUAAGAAAAUUUCUUGUGACCGACUGCGUGUACCAAUUCCUUACAAUGAGUGAUUCUAUUUUUCCGAAGGUGCUUGGUGUCCUUAGAAUGAUCGGUCCAGUUUUUGUUGUCACAUCAUUGCCAUGUGUGCAGUUCUUUCUGUGGAAAGAGAAGUGGAUCUGUGUUUUUUUCCUUUUCUCCUUUGCAUUAAUUGCUUGUAUACCUCUUCUCCACAUCCACCAUGUAUGUCUGCAUUCUAGCAUAUGUUACUAGUCUCAGAUACAGAAGCCGAAGUGCACUCUGUAAGAUGCUGACCCAACUGACUUGCAACCCGAGGGGCAGCUGUGUCUGUAAUAAGUAUGCAAGAUGCAAUAAAUAGGGAAUGUAGACCAAACCAGUGUAAUAAACUCAUCUUCCUCUUAAUUUGGGGUGAAGUCCAGAGCUACCAGUUGAGCCAUACUCAAUAUGUGUCAUGUUUUGGCCUUCUUUGCAUGGGCAAUGAAGUGGUUCCUGGGGGCUGCUGAAAAUGAGGUGGAGUCAUAAUCAUUCCUGCCGAGGAAGACUGCUCCGGGUGCUUGGCUAGGAAAGGCAUGGGUGACAAGUCUAGGCAGCCACCCAUCCUCACCACAAUGUUCAAUGAUCCCACAGAAGGAAGAAAAACAUGGGGCAAGUAGGAUGACUGUUGUUUUAAGCUGGGGAAGACUAAUAGAUCUGUAUGGCAAGGAACAGGACCCACAGGCAGCAAAAUCCUGAGGAAGAGCAGGGCAGGCAUUGUGAACGGGUGAGAGAAGGGAUCGGGAGGUCAAAUGACGAGCUUUGUCUUCUCAGGUGAGGAGGAAGAAAAUGGCCAUGUUGGAUCUUGGUUUACUUCCUCUUGAAAGAAAGUGAUGAAAUCGUGUUCAGAAAGAGAACUGCAGGUUUGGAGGAGUGAAUCAAAGGUAGAAAAUACUUAGCUGCAGAGGUAUGUUCUGUUAAGUUUGAAAAGUAGUACCAGGAAAUGGUGAGAACUAGGGAAUAAAAAAAAUGUAGCAGGACAGUCUGUCGGGUCUUGAGAUUUGUGAUACAGAUGUUAUGAAGUGUGAAACCACGUUGUAAAACUGGAGGAAAGGAAAUGUGCUAUUAACAGCUGUUAGCAGUCCUUUGUUUUCACUGGGAUUUUUCUGGGGUGGAGAUACUUAUAUCAAACAAAGGGUCAAUCUUUUUAUAAGUUGUUAAAUUAUUUUAAUAAAAGCUAAUGCUGGCACUCAUCACUGUAGUAUGAAUGCACUUAACUUAAAAAAGAUGAUGGCAGUACUCCCUGAUGGGUUUACUUCAUAGAGUAAUGAACAGAUACUUGGGUAUUUAGCAUGUAUUUUGUUGGCUGAUUUUAGGUUUUGUGCUAGGGUGGAGGUAGGGUAGGUUGGGAUGUAUCAGUAUGUGAGCUUCUCUUUCCCUUGGCAUGGAAAGGCUUUUUUAAAAAGAGAUAUUUAUGGCAAUACUUAGAUAAAUAUUAUUAGAGUGUGGAUUAAUCUCCUUAACAUCUUCACUCAGCAGUGGUGUAGCUGUGAUAGGCUUAAGGAUGGGUAAGCAAGACGAAGUUUUCACUCAUGGGUGUCUCUUAAGAGAUUAACAUGGAAAAGGAAGUCAAGCUUUUGGCACAUAAGCCCUAUUGUCUGCCUUUUUAGUUCUGUUAAUCUCCUCUUUUUAAUGAUGGUGGCACAGCCCAAGUAUUUUUGAGUGAAAUCCAAGUGGAGUUAAAAUGUACCUGGCUUGUUUAGUAGUAGUUGGAUCAGAGCUCAGUGUGAAGCGUGUAAUAAAUAGUUUUGCUUCAUUCUGCUGCAAUCUUACACUGAUAAAUCUGUUUGAAGAUAACAGGUAAAUUGGUGAGCUCUCAUGAACCCCAUGAUUGUAAUCUGUGAGCCAAAUCCAGUGUUAAAGUUUGAUAGGUGUUCUGUAGUUUAGGCCUACACCCUGCUUUUAGUUGUCUUCUGCCAACAGGCGUAGAUACUUUUAAAUGCAACCACAUUUAUGGAUGCUUGCUGGUUAUCUGAAUAAUGAGCUACUAGCUGUUAGCCUAGUGCCUCUUUUGGUACAUUUACCAAAAUCAUACAUGCAUCUUUUUUAUGAGCUGGUGCACUAAAUUACCAGUGUUUCAAGUGUCCUUCGGGGUGUUGCGUUUCCUUACCUGAGUAGCCCAACAUCCAGGUAGGGUCACUUGGCAGCUGGGAGCACUUGGCUCUUGAUUAAACCCAAACCAGGUCUGUGUAGUUCUGACCUGCCUGGGUAGUCCCCAAAAGCCAUUUAAGUGAGAAUUACUGGCGUGGGCAGAAGCUUCAAAGGAGACUUAGCAAGUGUUCUCUAGAAGUGCUGCUGUAACAGGGUACCGCAGUGGGACAAAAUGGUGUCGCUCUGUGAAGAACUGAGCUCUGCACGUGUACUUGAGGUGUAUAUAUGCUGCUUCCUUUCAUACAGGGAGAAGCUGUCUGUGGCUCGGCUGCAGCGAGAAGUUGCACAAAGUAAGAGUGAAGGAACCAUGCGUGAGAAACUGAUACAUGAGUUGGAGGAAGAACGACAUUUAAGACUUGAGAGUGAAAAAAGAUUACGGGAGGUAACACUGGAGUCAGAGCGUAGCAGAGCUCAGAUGCGUGGGCUGCAAGAACAGUUUUCCAGAAUGGAGGAGACAGUAAGAAAUCUACUACAGAGCCAAGGAUCCCCAGGCCAGAAUGGAGAAGGAACUGUCAAUAUCAUGAAGGUAUAUCAGGAAAAGCUGUCAGAAGACAGUAGGAAAUGUAAAGAAGGCAUGGAAAAAAUUCACACAGUAGUAGAUGAAGAUUCAAGAAGUGAAAGCAGCAGCACUGAAGAGGAAAGAGAAAAGACAAAAUUGCUAUUAGAGCGUUUGAAGGCUCUGGAGGCAGAGAAUUCAGCACUGGCUCUGGAAAAUGAAAAUCAGAGAGAACAGUAUGAGAGAUGUCUUGAUGAGGUAGCUAAUCAGGUUGUUCAGGCUUUACUUACUCAAAAGGAUCUGAGGGAAGAAUGUAUAAAACUGAAAACGAGAGUUUUUGAUUUGGAACAACAGAAUCGAACGCUAAGUGUGCUUUUCCAGCAGAGAGUCAAACCAGCUUCUGACCUCCUCCUUCAGAAACUCCAUUCACGCAUCUUAGACCUCUCGUCUGGGGAUUUGCUUUCAGAAGUAGAAAGAAACAGAAGCUUGAUGCAAUCACGAACUGCUGAUGCUCAGAUCCACGAAUGCCAGCAGAAUGUGAAAUCCAGUAUACCUGUCUUGAAAUGCCAGAGUCAAUUAAAUACGACAGGUCCUAGCCACCUAUAUCCCCGGAGCAGCUGCAGUAGCAGUGAACUCUCCCUCUCAAGUGCUUGCAGUGAAUAUUCCAGUGGUUCCUCCUACACUUGGAAUGAUGGGAAGACAUGCAGCAAAAGGUCAUCCGUGAGCUGGGAUAAAAGAAUAAGCAUUGGUUCUUCACUCCCAAGCAACCUCUCAAGUCCUGCAGAUGAUCUACCUCCAACUCGUAUCAAGGAAAACCAUAUCCUAGAAGGGUUGAAGAAAUUACAGAAGCAAAAAAUAUUACUUGAAUCACCUUCAGUAAUAUCAAAAUGGGGUUACAAAGACUGCAUGAACUCCAAUGAAGGAAUAUAUUCCCCUGGUGUUAAAUGUGGCAGCCAUAAUGAACAGGCUCAUUGUAAGCCAAUGGAGAUGGGAAGUAUUUGCAUUGAACAUAACAAAACUUUCUCUUACGAUUCAGAUUCACAUGAUGAUGCAGAUGAUGAUUCUUCAUCCUUAUUAUUGCUGCAGGAAGUACCAAGCAAAGACUGCAGGAUCUAUUGUAACAAAUUAACUCAUAGUGUUUCUGACAGUCUCUUUGACUGGGACCCUAAUAAGAAACAUUUGCCAGAAAGAAGUUCAUAUUUUAAUUCAAAGGAAAGACCUGAAAAAUUAACUAGUUUUGUCAGUGGAUUUCAGGCAGAAGUAAAACUGUGCACCAGAGCAAAGCUGCCUGAGUUACAGUUAGAUCAAAGCCAUGCUAAUACGGGCUGGAAGGACCUUAAUUUUCAGCUUUCAGAUACUGAUGACAAUGAAGUCUUGGAUGAAUUGCGUAUAGAAAGCAGUGAUGAGAAGAGUCCAUCAGAUCUAUUAUCAAGUCCUUUUUCUGAGAAGUACACAAAGAACUCUGACGUGCUCGUAGUCACAGAGAAUUCUCAGUUUACUGACAAAGAGGAAAAACAGAUAUCUGCUCAGUUAGAUAUUAGGCCAAAGACAUGUAAUUUCAUUAAACAACAAAAGGUCGUAAAAAAGACCUCUUCUGAAGAGUGCAUUACCGUAAUAUUUGAUGCCGAGGAUGGUGAGCCUAUUGAAUUCAGCUCUCAUCAAACUGGAGUUGUCACUGUAACAAGAAAUGAAAUUUCAAUCAACCAGCCACAAACUAGGUCCAGUGCUGAAUAUACUGAACUUAUACCUCAGGGAAUAACUAAUUUGCAGACAGGACGCAAUGCUAGAAACUACACCGCUUUAGAAGGAUCUGAAGAUAAAACCAAGAACACUUUUGAAGAUAAUACAGGUAAUAAAAAUACGGUUGUCCCCCUGACCUGCAGUGAAGCUUCACACUGUGGAAGAGUAAUAUUGCAAAAUGCUCAACGACAAAAAAUAGUGAAGCCAGUGAAUGAUGUAUCAUACAAGGCCAAUUCAAGCUUCACUGUUCACACAGGAAUCAAUCAAAAGCCAAACUUGACUAAAAUACCCAGCAGAGGGAAAUUUUCUCCACAAAAAACUAUGAUAAUAGAGAGCCAGGAGACACCUGUAGCUACAUCAGUGAGCCAUGCAACCCUUGAAAAAUCACCUGCUCUGCCACCUGUAAAGCUUUCCAGAUUCAAAAAGGCCCAAAGUCCACCUCAUAAUUUUGACUCAAAAAUCGACUUCCAGGUUCCAAAGGCCCCUGCCCACCUCCUGCCCAGCUCAAAGCGUCCAGGCAGGGGCAAUGGGACAAAGUAUCCAAAGAGUCAGAGCCCAGCAUCACCACUGUUGCCUCAGCACCUUAUAGAGCCCAGUGACUACAGAGAACCUCCAACCAGAGACUUUCAUUGCGAUUUAGCAACUGUAGAAGCCCAAUCGCCAUCCCCACCCCUUCCUCCAGGCAGGUCAACAUCCCUGUUGAUUCGGCCUGAGUAUGCUCAUUCAUCACCUGUAGCUGUAAAGUUAGGAGGAACUGGUCCCAGUGAAACAGCAAAAAAUAUACUGAAAUCAUCACCAUUAAAAGGAGCUGUGAACUCCGGCUUUCAUAAUCAAUCUAGUCAUGAACUGCAAGCAAAAGCUGUAUCUUCUGGGGCCAAAAUUGAGUUAUCUUACCUUCAGGAAAAUGCAGAAGCAAUUAUGCAAAAUAAAUGUGUAUCUCAGCAACCCCAUAGUGCAUGCCAAGGACUUUCCAAAGUUUUCACAAAGCAAGUCUGCCCAAAAAACCCUAAUCAGCCAGGUCUCCACAGGAAUCGUGAGCUCCUGAACACAAAUUUUCAAACAGACAGGUCCUUUCCCCUGGGCUGUCCGUCAUUGGAAACAACUUCUUCACAAGAAGCAUAUUCCAGCAAAAAAGAUAUUUCCAGUGACAGUGGGGUUGAUCAGCCUCAAAUGAAGCCAAACAUUCUCCCCGCAACUCCUCAAUGUCAUGCCACAAGCACAGGUGAGCCCUUACUAUCUCAGGUAAACAAUUCCCCAUUGUCAUCCUUUCAUGGUAGUGACACUGCAAAUGCUACGCAAAACUCUAAUGAGAAAGGAAUGAAAACCCGUCUCCCUGUAGGACUGAAAUUAUUUGUCAAAUCUCCUCAACUUCUCCGAAAGAGCUCUACUGUCCCAGGGAACCAGGAAAAAGACAGUAUAAAUGCAGCUUCCAAAAGCAAUGUGAGUUCCAGUAAGUACAAGCAAAAUGAAUGUCUAACCACCAGAGGUGCAAUGGAUGCUGAAUUAAAAGACUCCAAGUCUGAUACCGAUAUAAAAGAUAAUUUUACUGUGGGACUUAGUAUGGAUACAGCAUCACCUCAGCCACAUGAAAACUGCAGCUUGGUGGUAGACAGAGUAGAUGGGUUAGAAAGCAAAUUAGCUAAGAGAUCUGCUUCUUCUAGCAACAAGUCACACUUGAAACCAGCUCUGGGCAUGAAUGGAGCGAAAGCUCGUAGUCAGAGUUUUAGCAUUCAUACAGGGGAAAAGCCAUCUGCUCUUGUUACAGAAGGUCUUGGAAAAGUACGGACUCAGAUUAUUACAAAUACUUCUGACAGAGGAAAUUCUCUAACAAGGCAGAACUCAGCCAUGGAAGGACUUCAAAUCAAGGCCAUUCCUGGGUCAGCAGUGACACAAGAGACUCCUUCAAAUGCUUCAAAAACCACAGAAAAUUCAUACUCUAGACAAGGUUCUCUUGGAAAUAAGAGUAAUUGCAAUAGCCAGCAUGGAAGCCCAAGCAAACUGCCAUUCAGAUCAUCUCCAAAAGUGGACUUGUUUCACAGCACUUCAAAAUAUGAUGGAAACAAAGCAUUUUCUCAAAAAGAUACACACAGUCCAUCUGUCCAGAGUGAGAAAAACAGUGAAAAUUUAAAACAUGAAGCUCUAAAUAAAAAAAGCAUUUUGUCUGCAGAAUUGGAGUUAGAAGCAUCAGCUACUGCAUCUUCCAAACAGAUUUCAUCAUUUCAAAGCUUGGAUGGAAUGAAGUGUCCUCAUAAACUGGAAGCAACAAAAUCACAAAGACACCAGAUGUCUUUAAAGUUAGCAGAAGCCUCUGAGGUUACUGAUGUUUUUAGCUCACCUGCUCUACAACCUACAAUAGAGGAGAAGGUCAUGUUAUGCAUCCAAGAAAAUGUCCAGAAGGGUCAGGAACAAAACAAAUCUCCCACUGUGGAGACUAAACAAAAGACUGGGCCCUCUAUAGCUAAUUGGUUUGGCUUUCGAAAGAGUAAGCUCCCAGCACUGAGUAGCAGGAAACCUGAUGUUCCUAAAACAAAGGUAGAAAAAAAAGAAGCAAAAGUUUCAGGAUUUGGAAUUAAGCAGGCAAAAUUAGAGAGAAGAAAGGAAAAAAAGCAAACUGAACAACACUGUGAAAUGGAAAAUGAAAUUAACAGGAAACCAGGCAACAGUGACAUUUUAGGUGAUACUAUGGAGAGUAAAAUUUUGAAACCAUCACAAAACACGUCCUGCCAGAUUGGGUGUGAACAAGUCAGAGGUUCCACCUCAGCAGCAUACUCACCAAAAGACAGUUUUAUGAAAGAGCUUUUAAACAGAGUUGAUAAGAAAGCAGCUCAGCAGACAGAAAGUGGAUCAAAUAAUGUUUCCUACAGGAGUGUGUCGAAGGGCAGCUCCCAGGGCUCCUCUCUUCACAGCAACUCUAUCAGCUCUCAAGGAAACCACAAGAAAAACAGCAACACAAAAGCUGAUAUGGAAAUGCAGAAUCAGACCCUGGCUAAAGUAGUGACAGAAAACCUGCAAGAAGAAGAGGAGGACACCAUGACAAGGACUACAUGUCAGAGUCAUGUGAUAGAGUCUUGCUGCCAGAUGAGGACACUGGACAGCGGGAUCGGAACCUUCCCCCUCCCUGACUCAGGGAACCGAUCUGCAGGGCGACACAUUUCUAAGCAAGAAUCGACCUUGGAAACAGAAGCCCUUGCACCGUCUGAGCAAGUUCUUCUUUCAGCUCCUUCAGUAAGAGCCAAAACUCUUGAGCGAGAAGUGCCUUCAACAGCUAAGAGUCAGGAGUCUGUGGAAAGCAUAAUUAGUCACUCAACAUCUGAUCCGGCCAUGACUGCCAAAGGUAUACGACCUUUUCAAAGUCGCCUUCCAAAACCAGCUUCCUCAGGAAUAAUUAACCUUGCAAAGCAAGGUGAACAAGAACCAAGUUCUGUGACCUCUGCCUCAUUACAGCUUACCGAAGAAACUGUGGAAAAUAGAAAAGUUCUUCCAGGCUGGACCACCAAGAAAACUACUAAAACAAAGGACACAGCUCUGAGAGUGUGCACUUAUUCUGCCAGCAGCAGUGACACUGAGCCGGAGCCAGAGUAUGAAACAAAUUAUUUUCGAACCACAGAGGAGACAUUAGUAGAGUUAACAAAGGGCAACAAACAAGCUGAGCAGGAAAAACAGAAGCAGAGAAAGUCAAAUCUGGGGAACCCGAUGUCAAUCUUGGAUUUAUACCAGCACAGUCUCUAUGGCCAUUUUGGAGAGGAUGGACCUGAACAAUUAGCACAUUACAGUUUAAUUGAGCAGCUGAGUGGACCUUCCAGUAAAGACAGCAGGGGCAAAGAGAGCCCAAGUAAAUUGAAGCAAACUGAAGAAACAAAAGAAGAUUCUCAGACUAGAUUAUCUAAAAUUUCCCUGGAGUCUCUCAAUAAAUUUAACAGCAAUACCGUACUUUUAUUAGAAAAAGAGAAGAACUGUCUGAGUAAGGUUGAAGGACAAAAGGAAGAAAAUGGAAAAAAAGAAGAAGCCUCCUUAAAUAGCUCCGAUAGGCACGACGUGGACAAUUUAGAAUCCUUGAGUGAUUCUUUGUAUGAUAGCUUCUCCUCUUGUGCCAGCCAAGGCUCUAAUGAUGUAUAAAGACACCUUCCAGUGGGCUGUGAAUGGAGCACUUACGGAGCAAAAGGCAAGUGGGGAGAGAGGGGGGAGAAGAGACAGUUGUUGAAAAUCCUCACUCCAGAUCGCUGUACUCACAGCAGGGUAUUCCUGACUUUUUUUCUCAUGACACAGCAAUAAGAAAGGCAGGACUGCAUUCGUCGUGAUGCAGGAGACUCAACACUGAACACAACAAAUGGUUACACACAAAAAAAAAGUCUUAAUUUUGCACUUUUAUGAAUAUUUGUAUAGAUGUAAAUAUUUGGGGAAAAAAUAUUUGUAGGGAGAAAUGACAGCAAUAAAUAUUAAAUUGGUGCUAUGCUCUUGUAAUGGCAGAUUACUAACUUAAAGAACUUGAUGUUAAUAUUAACAAGAAAAGUUGGUAGAUUUUUUUAAAAAGAUUUAUAAUUGUUCUAGUCUUAAAACUGUAUGUAGAAACACUGCGUGACCAUAAACCUGAGCCUGCCAAAUCGUCUGUAAUAAACUUCCUAGGAGUCCCUUUUAUGAAACAUUUUUUAUUUUUCAUUUUUAGUGCAAUUCCAUACUCGUGUUCUGGGGAAAUGUGCAUUUCAGUUACUACAAUGUCACAACAGAUGUCUUAUUUCAAAAGGUUUUUGACUUUUGACGUGGCAAGAAAAUGAAUAGAUUAAAAGGCCCGAUACUGCUGGCACUGACUUCAUAAAUCAUGUGCGUAACAGUUUGAAAGAUCAGGGCCAGAGUAAUUCACUGCUGACACAAAUGGGAGUCUUGUUGAAUGGGAACUACACAAACGUCUUUAAUUCUGACAGCAACAAAGUUUCUCUACUUCUGCCUCCUCUGUAAUUAUUUCCUAUCAAUUUCUGAAUGUAGCAUAUUGUGCUAUCCUUUGUAGUCCCCAUUCGGUCUUAAUUAAAUCGUAAAUGCUAAAAUAAUUUUUAAAAAUUGGAACUCAACUCCUGUUUGUGAUACGUGUAGGGAGGAUGUGGGUGCUAGCCAGCGCUAGUUCAAACAUAUCUCGGAGCAGGGGGAUUGGUGUGUCUUGGUUUUUGUUUUUCUACAGAGGCUGUUUAUAUGUAAGGGAAAGUCUAUUUCAAAGGUUCCGUGUAUUUUUUCUAGAUGUGAAGUAUUUAUAACUGCUUUUUGUACAGCGAUCUGUAAACUAGAUAUAUUUGGGAUAUUUCUAGACUCUACAGUUUCUCUAGCACACGCCUGUUAAUCUUUGAAAUGAUAUUGUAUCAUCAGUGUUAAUAUUUUGUGCAAUUUGCUAUAUUUUAAGUAAUUGCGGCCGUAAACUCGCAUUGUCCUUUUCGACUUUUAAGAAAUUUUCAUCGAAGCGUCUUUCUUAAAUAAAACCUUCUCUUGUAUAAGUACGUCUGGUGAUGUAUGUAUAAUGUCUGCUGGGGGGGUUGGAAGGGGCACGGGGGGGGUUGGCCGGGGCUGUGCAGUGCCCGCCGGGGGCCGCCUCAGCCCGGUCCCGUAACGGCUGCGGCCGCUCGCGCUGCC